AUGAGAAUGAUCGAGAGCGUCGAGCCUGUGGUGGCCGCGUCCGGCGAGGACCUCUGGGCCCAAAUCUGCUCGUGUCUGCCCAGCCCCGAGCACGCGGGCACUCACGACGCCUUCGCAGACUCCUUUGCCGACGCCUGCGCCGAAGCAGGAGGCCCGGGGGAUGCAUCGUCCGGCAGCUCUUCCCGAGCCGGCCUCAAACCCUGGGCCCCACUGAAGGACUCGCAGGUCUACUUGGCCUCUCUAGAGAGAAGACUGAUGACAAUUAAAGUGUCUCAAGAGGUGACCUCCAAGGAUAUGCUGCGCACUCUUUCCCAGGCUAGGAAGGAAUGCUGGGACAGGUUCCUGCAGGAGAAGUUUGAGUCUGAAUUUUAUGUAGAGGAACAUGAAGCUGAUGAGAGCACACUGGAACACCUAAAGCGGUGGCUGCAGCCUGAUAAAGUGGCGAUCAAUACUGAAGAAGUUCAGUGCCUCAUCCCUCCGGAAUCACAGCUGGAGAAGCAGGAGACCAAGGAAGAAUCUCCAGCAGCAGAGCAGUGAGGUGCACGCCAGUCAUGCCACACAGCUGCCUCUUGUCCAA